AUGUUCCAUCUCUCGUGCCCCCAUGAACGGACCUCGUUCGCUAGCUUGGUGCAUGUCCUGGGGUCUCUGGACCUUCAUGCUGCUCUCGAGCCUCUUCGAGCACGGGGCGUUAAGUCUGCUAGUGAGCUCGAGAACACCCCCAAGACACAGCUGCGGCUGUGGAUCGGUGACACUGCCGUCGACAAGCUGUUCAACCGUUCAGUGGUUCGCACUCGGGCGAGGGCAGAUGCCCCGGUGGUACACCCGUACCAACGCGGUUCGCGCAGUGCGGCCGCGUCAGUGCAGUCAGAGAGCGCGCUGGCGCUCGCAGAUGUCGCGUUUCAAGAAGACAAGUUCGCUAAAACCUCCAGGGGCCCCAGAGAAUCUCGCUGGAAGCUUUGGUGCUCCCUCGCGGAACAGAGGAACCUGCCCCCUCUCCCGGUUACGGUCGAGCUUAUCGACAAGGUCGGCGCCCUUCUCAAGCAAGCACGUUACCGUUCGGCAGCCCAGUACUAUAGCGUGGCAAAAGGGGAACACCGGGCGCAGGGACACGAUUGGUCGCCUGCCCUGGACCACGCAGUUGCUCAAGCAGUUCGGUCGAUCACGAGGGGCAUGGGACCUUCGGCAGCCAAACUGGAUUUCCCUCUGGAGGCGUGCUCCAGGCAGUUCGACAGCGAUAUCGAGGCAGCAUAUGCACGCCUGCAAGUGCCGUCGGCCGCGAGGAUCGACUACCCCUCAGACACAGGCCUUGUGGCCGCAUGGUUUCUCCUUCGCGGACUCGAGAUCUCCUCUGUCUUGUGCGAGGACGUCAGCUUUUCUCGGGAAGGGAUCGUUAGGCUCAACCUCCCGAUCUCCAAGACAGAUCCCACGGCUAGAGGUUGCCAUCGGUCGCACGCCUGCAUCUGUUCGCGAACACAUGACCCAGGUUGUGGCCGCAGUGGUGACGAGGCCCUCCUCUUCACGCCCUUGCAGCAAUGCAACUGUUCCCUUGGCAGGAACCCACUGUGUGCAUAUCAUGCGGCAUUGCGAUGUUCGAUCCGACUCCGCAAGCAGGGUCGCUGGAGUUCGAAGUCACCCUUUUUCGGUGAUGGUUCGGGCCCACCGACCAAAGCCCAGGUCGUGUGGCUGGCCCGCGUGUUCGCAUGGGUCCUGUGCGCAGGCGACCUUCACGAGUGGCCCCGUCAAGUUCUGCAGCGGUGGGCCCAACACGCCUUCCGCGUCGCCGGCGCCCAACUGUUCGCACGGGCCGACCUCGACCUACAUGUCAUCAUGCUGCUGGGUCGAUGGGGAAGCGCCGCUAUUUAUCGUUAUGUUCAGGAGGCUGCCCUGGCGAACCCUUCCCGGGCAUCACAGGCAGUUGCCCUCAGGACUUCAGCUGUGCCCCCAGGUUCGCAAGCUCCGAGAUCAGGCCAUCUGGCUCUAUUGCCGGCAGCUCUCGACCAGAUCAGGGCAGUGGUCGCCGAUUGUUUUCGAGGACAGGGCGUUCUUGUACAUAAUGUUCGCUCCAAACUGGCACACAAGCCUUUUGCUAGUGAGUGUUCGACCCCCUCUGACAAGUGGCGGUCCGCGUGCGGUCUGUGGAACCUCAAGCACCAGCCCCCGAGGGAUCUGACUCAUCCUCAGAUUCAUCGGAAUAGGUCGCCUGCGAUGGCGACGACGGCAACCUUCGACGAGUUGUGCGACAAGGCCGCAGUGCACCCGACGGUUCGCUUGCUCUUCAAGGCCAGAGGGGUCGACGUACCAGGAGUUGUACACCACCUCUUCUCGGACCGCUCCAAGAUCCAGGCUUUCCUGGAUCCGCUGAGGACAGGCGUCGAGUUGGCGGGAGACACAAAGAAGCGGUCGGCCGACGAGCUCUUGAUCGACCAGGCCACCGUUCUCGAGCUGCUGGACGUGAUAGCGGCGACAAAGACAGCAGCCUCCCCAGCAGCCCCGGCCGCACCGGCAGCUUCGACUACGUCGACGAGUUCGUCGGAGAAGUCCCAGGAGUUGCCAGCCGGCUACUGGAACGACUUCGUGACCGAGUACGAGGCCGCGGUGGUCGACGGCAGGAACCGCAAGUUCCCGGCUCACUUGUUGGUAGGAUCCGAGAAGACCUUGGGCCGUAUGGUCGCAGAGAAGAAAUCAGGGCUAUACACCGCGCUGGCCCUCGGCGAGAUUCUCUUUUCGCGCCAUUUCACAGCAUCCAAGCAGGUUAACCCGUUCUCGUCUACGACAAAGCCGGAGACCUCUACCAAGCUGUUCGCGUCAGAGGAUGGCACCCUCUCCAAGGUCGCAAAGACGAUACCAGAGCCGCAAAGACUCGUCACUAUGCUGGACGCAUUCGAGGCCUGCAAGUUCGCCUUCAUGUUCGCACGUUGGGGCCCGAACCCGGAGGUUGCAGUUGCAGACUACUUCGCCUUCUGGGAAGAUUUGACGAGGGACAACCCGUCAAAGUUCGGCCAGAUUCGCCUGUACUGGAAGAAGGCGUCCUGGGAAAUGGCCAUGGCCCUGCGCUCCGGGAAGACGUUCGCGCAGGCUGCCGCCGAGGUGACCUCCCCGCAGGCCAAACAAGACGCUAUGAGUCGCUGGGUUCCAGCGGAACGCCCCUUCAAAGGCAACGAGAAGGGAGGCGAGAAGGGCAAGAAGGGCGAAAGGGCUCUGGCAAAGGCAACGGAUGGGGACAGCAACAACCCAGUCAAGCACGACCCCAGUGUCGCCUGUUCGCUGCCGGUUACUGCAGGUUCGGUGCUAGCUGCAAGUUCGCACACGGGGGUCAGUCUGCGCCCCAAGGGAGUGUCCCUCCCCCACCGUCCAACUAGGGACAGCUCGGACCGCUUCAGCCUAAUCCCUGGUAACAGGUUAGGUCCGCAGGUGCCGAGUCGUUGCAGCAGCCAGGUUCAGACCGCGCGAUCACAGUUCGCGCCCCGCCGAGUCGGAGAGGGGACACAGCACCAGGCUUCCACAUCCGACCCCUCGGCAGCUUCGCCUCAAGCCAAGCCACCCUUCCCACCUCCUCCCCCUGCUCCAGGCCGCAGCAGAGGUACAGGUGCAGGCGACUCCUCUACACAGUCACGCACACCGGUCGUGCUGACCCCCAACUCUUCCACACAGGCGUCGAUGUCUCAUGUGACUCCGCCCAAGCAAGUUCCACAAUACGCGUCGCAGCCUCGUGUGGCUCCGCAACCUGAUACGGCUCAGCAAGCGUUGCAGCCUCAUGUGGCUCCGCCUAACACCCACAGCCAACCACCCGCCAGUCCGGCACCACUUCCAACACAACAACCCCGCUUCCCGGUCGCCGUGCUUAGUUUCUUCGACGGCAUAGCCACGGCCCUGCACGCCGUCAAGAGCUGGGCGAUACGUCCUGUCCUCUCGUGGUCUUGGGAGCUUGACCCGGAGGCCAUCAAGGUCGCGUCUUCUCAGCAUCCUGAGAUGAUUCACCAUGGCGACGUCUUUGGUCGCAAACCUCACGAGGUCCUCGCUGCUCUUUCAGCCUCAGUUCCCAAGGAUACGGUGGUCCUACUCUUUGCAGCUCCCCCGUGUCACGAUUUUUCCCGGAUCCGCAGCGAUCCGCCAGGCACACAAGGUCACGAAGGCUCCAAGUUCACUAAGUUCGCCGCCUGGUUGCUGGAGUUCGUUCAGUCUUCUAGUUUUCGGGUUCUGUUUCUAGUAGAGAACGUGCACAUGUCCGCUUCCCAGCAGCAAGAACUCGACAAGGCUCUUAACUGCCGUGCGUUCGCUUGCGACGCGUCCAGCUGGGGAGUCGUGUCACGACCGAGACUCUGGUGGUCGAACGCGGUGUGUCCUCCCUUGGAGAAUAUACGCGAACCACCGGUCGCUCUAGGAGGCCAAGCACGUUGGCGACGCCUUAACAGACACUGGGAACUUUUGCCGAAUAGCACUCUGUUUCCCCGACAGGUCGCUCAGUCCUGCCCGUUUGCUACUUUUAGUGAGGAGGUUGUUUCGGGUCGCAUUAGGUUCCCUUGCCUUACCACGCCGGCUGAGAACACACAAGGCCGCGAGCCCCCAGGUAAGAAGCGCCGCUCCGAAAGUCCAGGCACAAUGGAGCGCUGGAGAGCAGCCAGCCGCUCCUACCCCCCGUGGCAGUUUCGCACACACGCCUUGGUUAAGGUCGCAGGCAAGAAGGACUUACCCGACCCGGCUACCCGGGAAUGGCUGCAGCUCCUUCCCAGCGGGUACACAGCGGCCGUGUCCCCACACGCCAGGGCGCGGCUACUUGGCAACGCGUGGCACGCAGGAGUCGCCAGACUUCUCGUGCUCAUGGUCCUGUGCCAGGCAGGAGUGAUGGAUGCACACCCAGUUCGCGCUACGGAGUGGUACCCCCAUGUGCCAGACCCUUGCUUCCAGGUCCGGUGGCAUCCCGACGGGAGCCGCCCGCUGCAACGAGUCGCCUCCUGGUGGCUACGGUCCUCAUUGCGAUGGGACCCCAAUGAGCCUCAGGCUGACGAACUCCGUUCCCCAGGUUUGGGCGCGACAGCACACGCCCAGCGGGCGCAACUGUUGACGUUCGCAGACAUAUUCCCAGCACCCCUGAACCCCUGCUUAGCGUGGACCUUCCAGGUGCAAGCAAGGUUAGGCCUCAAGGUGGUACAAGUUCGCGAAGCUGUACUUCGGGACCUGCAAGACCUGGUCGCAGAGUUGCAGGACGACCAGACUGAAGCACUCCAAACCCUGCCUGCGCACGUAGCUUCAGUCUACAAACAAGGUUCGACACAACUCCGGUUCCAGCUCCUGCCUCUGGCGUGGCUGCUCGAACUGUGCCAGUUUCCAGGUCGCAGCGAGCUACUGACCGAGUUGUUCUGGGGUUUCCGCUUGUUAGGCCCUGUAGUUCGGGGUUCCGGCUGGCUUAACAGGGACGACGCUAAGUACGCACGCCCCCUUUCCAAACAAGACUUCCUGGUCGCUAACAGAAAGCUUGCAGUUACCUUGAGACAGCCCUCCAGGCAGCCCGAACACAACGAUCCUAUGCUCGCCGAGCUGGAGAAGGAACGUGACCUAGGCCGCGUGCAAGGCCCGCUCCCCUUAUCCCUCCUUGGGACGGAGCAGGAGCCAUCUUCUAUUCAGGUCGCUCGAGGUUUUGCCGUUGUGCAGAACGACAAAGUUAGGCGUGCAGACGACUGGCUGAGGUCGCUCCAUAAUAGCACCAUUUCGGCAGCCGACACUCCGCCAUACCUCGGAGGCCCGACAGUUGUGGGCGGGGCGCUACAGUGUUCAGAGACUUUCGACGAGCCAGUGCUCCUGGGCGCCAUCGACCACGAAGGGGCCUACAGGUCGUUACCAGUGCGCGAACCCACAGAGUGUGGACUGGUGAUGCCAGGAGAGUCUCCGAGCUUAUGGGCCCACAACGCCCUUCCCUUCGGGUCGGUUGGCUCCGUAUGGGCUUACCUUCGGGUCGCUGACGUCGUUUCGUUCCUGACCAUCACGCUGCUUCUGAUGUUCGCAGCCCACUACGUCGAUGACUUCUUUUCUCUCGAGCGAUCCAGGACAGCCUUGUCCGGGUUCGCAGUCUUUCAAGCGUUCCACAGAGUCCUGGGUUUCCGCAUGAAGGAAGAGAAGUCCAAGGAACCUCGGUUCGCCCAGACACUGUUGGGCAUCGAAUGGACGCUCACCGCCGAGGCUAUCCUCGCCUCCCCCGGAGCUCGCAGGGUGGAGAAGCUGGUGCAAACUAUCAACGAGUUUCUUUCAAGAGGUCGCAUCUCAGCAUCCGAAUGCUCACAGCUGACAGGCAAGCUUUGCUUCACGUGCACAUGGGUCUUCAACCAUGUGGGUCGCAUGCUGCUCCAACCCCUUUACCAGAGGCAGCAUCAUGGUUCACCUGGCUCGAGUCCGCUGACUCCCAGGUUGCAGCAAGCACUACACCAACUGAGAGACCUUUUACCGAGGUUGCAGCCCAGACGGUUCGCAGUGAACCCAGACGAGCGCAGUCGGCCGGUCGCACAUUUGUAUGCUGAUGCAUUCCUGACAGUACACGGAGUUCGCCGUGUUGCUAACAAGUGGCUGCCAGAGCUCCCGCCGGCUCAAGAGCUUCGCACGGCCACCAACGGCUUUGGUGCGAUCGUGUUUUUGCCGGGUCGCCGUCCUUUGGGAUUCAGAGGCGAGGCAUUAGCACAGCUGAUGUCGCUGGCGGUCGUUUGCAAUCUUUUCGACACCCACGUGUGUUGUUGGAUUGACAACACUGCAGCGGAGCACGCGCUCAAUAAGGGCUACUCCAAGGACCUCAGACUCUCGGCUGUCAUUGGAGCUUUUUGGGUUUGGGCUGCUUCAAGGUCGUUGUCAGUUUCGUUUCACAGAGUUUCGAGCGAAGAGAACAUCUCCGACGGCAUCUCGAGGGGAGACCUCGGUGACCUACAGUCCGCUAACGGGGAGUUCCACGAGGUUUCCUUCAAGGAAGUCUGGCCGCUGCUUGAACACUUUCGCGACGACUGCCGGAGCUACUACGAAGAGUUCGCUCAGUUGGUCGAAGUCUUGGCGACACAACUUCGCUGA